CAUAUUCUAGUCAGCUCGAGUACCACAACAAGUUAUCCGGAAAAAAUUCUAGUAUAUGUACAUUUUCGUUUUGGAUAGAGUAAGAAAAUACGUGCGAAACAUGUUUAUUAAGGAUGUCACCAAUGAAUUGCGGGCGAAGAAGCAGCCGUUGGCCGCUGGCCAAAAGGUUGCGCCAUAUGUGGCUGCCGUAAAGCGUGGACCCUAUACACUAACAAAUCCCGUAUAUAGUAAUCCGGACGUUGAGGACAAUAGCUCCAAGAUGCACAGUCAUACAUUUAACAUCAAUGUGACGGCUUUGAAGAACAACCACAAAUACCAUCAGCGGGCAAUUCCGGCGCCCGUAGCCAAGUCGCAUUUACCCAGAAUCAAGUCUCGUUCCCAUUUGGGAAUGAAUGAGCAGAGAGAUCUGUAUCGUCAGCAUCGGGAUCGCCUGGCCAAUAUCAAGGGCAAGGUGAACACUUGCUUGCCGCCGCCAAAGAUGAAGAUUAGCGAGGGCAAUGGCAUGGAGCUAUCCUACAUGGAGAUGCUCACUGCUCUAUAUCGCAAAAGCAACAAUACGCUGCGCACAUUCACCAAGUCGCCAGAUCGCCUGGCCGCCGGCCGCUGGCGUAACACCAGCUUGGCCCGGGAAAAGGAACGUAACCAGCAGGAGAAAAACAAAGUCUUUCAUCAGGGCGGCAAACUGUUUGAUCCGCACUUGGGCAAAACGCGACGCAGCAAACCCAAGGUGUCCAAGGUAUUUAGCUAUGAGGUGCCGAUGCAUGUGCUCCAUCGGUACGAGGAUUUGAUGAACAUCUGUGACGUGGGCGUACUCUGCAAGCUACUGCGUCCUCAGAUUUAUAUGGAUUUGGAGGUGAUUGGCACCCGCAUUAUGGGCCGCCUAACCAUUCAGCUCUUCACGGAGGCCUGUCCCCAGGUGGUGCUAGAAUUCAUGCGCGUCUGCACCCACCAAAACACUCGCAGCAUUAGCUUUACUCGCACCUUUGCGCCCAUUUGGCUCGAGGGCUUCAUUGCCCUGGAUCCCGAGCGUAGCAUUGACAUGAGCAACAUCGAGCAUGACUUUGAGGUGCUCAACCAUGGCGUCGAUGCGGGCAUUCUCUCUUUUCCCAGUCGUUAUGUGCGCGGCAAUGCGCGCACCGCCCUCAACUUUACCCUCAGCUUCAAGCCGCUGUCCAUUUUGAAUGGUAAGCGCAUUGCCUUUGGCAAGGUCCGCAAGGGUCUGCAGCUGCUCGAACGCAUUCAGGAUGCCACCGCGCACUUGGCCAAAAAGCAUGAGCUGGUUGUCCUCAAAGACUGUGGCGUGCUUUGAACAUGAGCCCAAUUGAAUAUGCGUAUGUGCAAAUUUCCGAUAGGGGCAGCCUUCAGCUACUCAGGCCCGUCCCUAUGCAUGUGUUAUUGAAAUGACUUUUUUGCUACCUAGAUGUAAUCUUUUUAGAAAUUCAAGAUAAGCUCAAUAUAAAAUUGAAUGUUAA